GACUUAUUGAGGACUUUAGUGAAAGAGUUGCUCAUCGAAAAUCCCCAAAUUUUUAAAAAACAAAAAGAAAGAAAAAGAAAACAGCUAUAUUUUAGUCGCUACCUUCUCUCCUCCCUCAAAAACACCGAAUUUACGUUCCGAGACCCUCCACGGGUUGCCCUAGCCAGAUUUCAUUGGCAGAUGAUUCGGGUUUAAAUAAAGGUAUGAUUCUGGCAGAAAUCUCCAUUGAACUCUGAAAACAAUAUGGUUUCUGAAACAGUUCAAGGGAGUUGUGUGACAAAUGGGGGGACUAAGAGCAAUGAAAGCUUUAAAAGGAAACAUUUAGGAUCUGAUGAGCAUGCAUCAGCUUCUCGUCAUGAUAGCUCCGAUGCCAAAGGGGACAUAGGAACAUCUGAGCGAGAUAUUGCUGCCAAUAUAAACGAAGACACACAGGCUGACGAUGCAUCUGUUUGUAUGCAGAAAAAGGUGAGGCUGCCAAAAGAAUUGACUUUUCAGGAUAUGUACAACAAUCAAGAUGCAUUUGAUGAUGAUGAUGAGGAUGACAGUGAUUGGGAGCCUGUACAAAAGCACAUAGAGAUUUUGAAGUGGUUUUGUACCAACUGCACGAUGGUCAACCUUGAUGAUGUUUUCCUCUGUGAUAUUUGUGGGGAACAUAAAGAAUCUGGCAUCCUAAGGCAUGGAUUUUAUGCGUCUCCUUUCUCACCUGAGGUAGAACUUGUUCAGGUUGAAUCAGAAGCCACAGGAAGAGAGAAAGAAAUUUGGUCCGAGGCUUCAGCUUCAAACUGUUCUACGGCAGUUGGUUUUGAUGAAAGAAUGUUGCUGCACUCAGAGGUUGAAAUAAAAUCACAUCCACAUCCAGAAAGACCAGAUCGUCUUCGAGCUAUUGCUGCUAGCCUUUCUGCUGCUGGUAUAUUCCCUGGAAAGUGCUGCUUAAUUCCUGCUAGAGAAAUCACUCUGGAGGAGCUUCAAAUGGUCCAUUCCUCGGAGCAUAUUGAAGUUGUUGAACUUACCCGCCAAAUGUUUUCUAGUUAUUUUACUCCUGACACGUAUGCUAAUGAGCAUUCAGCACAUGCUGCCAGACUUGCUGCUGGUUUAUGUGCAGAUCUUGCUUCAGCAAUAUUUUCUGGACGCGUAAGAAAUGGGUUUGCUCUGGUUCGACCACCUGGCCAUCAUGCUGGUGUCACACAAGCAAUGGGGUUCUGCCUCCACAACAAUGCAGCAGUUGCUGCAUUAGCAGCACAGGCUGCAGGGGCGAAGAAGGUGCUCAUUGUUGAUUGGGAUGUUCAUCAUGGAAAUGGUACACAAGAGAUAUUUGACCAAAAUAAAUCGGUAUUGUACAUAUCCUUACAUAGACAUGAAGGAGGGAAGUUCUACCCUGGUACUGGUUCAGCUUUUGAGGUUGGUACCAAGGGUGCAGAAGGAUAUUGCGUGAAUAUUCCAUGGAGUCGUGGUGGAGUUGGAGAUAAUGAUUACAUUUUUGCAUUUCAACACGUUGUGCUUCCAAUAGCUUCCAAGUUUGCUCCCGACUUUACUAUAAUAUCAGCUGGAUUUGAUGCUGCUCGUGGUGAUCCUUUAGGAUGCUGUGAUGUGACUCCUGCUGGUUAUACACAGAUGACACACAUGUUGAGUACCCUCUCGGGUGGAAAGUUGCUAGUUGUACUUGAGGGCGGCUACAACCUCCGUUCGAUAUCAUCUUCUGCUACUGCAGUGAUUAAGGUACUUUUGGGUGAAAGUUGCGAGUGUGAACCAGAGAACGUCGUUCCUUCUAAAGCCGGCCUGCUUACGGUGUUGGAAGUACUGAAGAUUCAGAUGAAGUACUGGCCAAAUCUAAGUUCAAGCUUCGAAAAACUGCAGUUGCAACGGGCAAUGUAUUCUGUGGAGAAGAAACAAAAACAAGUUAAACGGAGACGGGUGUUCGAGCCACCGUUAUGGUGGAGGUGGGGCAGAAAACAACUAUUGUUUCAUAUCCUUACAGGACAUUUUCAUCUAAAAUGAAAGCAGUGCUCAAAAUUUUGAGACUUUAUCCUCAUUCCAUCCCUUUUUGUCGUGUAACUGUGCAUUAUAGACAAGUUAUAUCACGGACAGGAAAUCUAGAUAAAUAUUUUCGGAUUUAGGGUUUAGUGUUGAAAGACUUUACGGACUUUAUGGAAGUGUUUUAGUGGACUUUAUGGAACAACAUAUGCAACAUAUGUUAUCCUAAGGCUAAAGCUUUUGAGUUGCUAUAUCCAAAUUAAAUGUCGUAAAUGAACAUUUACCCUUUUUUUUCCUACUA